UUGUUCUAAUCAACUCAUGUUAUCUAAAAUACUUAUAUUACUUUAUUUGAAAUACGUCAAAAAAGUUGAACUAAAGAGACCUAAACAUAAACUUCCAUAUAUUCCAAUUUUAUUCUCCACAUACUAAUUAAACCCCUGUCUUCACCUAUAUAAAUACUACCUGGGCCUUUUCCCAUACAUCACUCCCAACCAUACAUUCACAUGCUUUUGACUUUGUCUUCACUACUCCUACUAUAAGAACUCCUACAACUAACACUACAACAAAUAAAAUCAGCUCCUACUAUAAGAACUCCUUUCAAUUUGCUCUAUUUCAACCAAGAUGAUGACUGUAUUAGUGCUACUAGUGCAGUUUUUGAUUAGUGUUUGUAAUGGAGAAAGCUUUGAUCAAGAUUUUAAGAUAACAUGGGGAAAUGAUAGAGGAAAGAUUAUCAAUAAUGGACAACUUUUAACUCUUACUCUUGAUAAUCUUUCAGGUUCUGGUUUUGAAUCUAAUAAGGAGUUUCACUUUGGUAAGAUUGAUAUGCAAAUCAAGCUCGUCCCUGGCAACUCUGCUGGCACUGUCACCGCGUAUUAUCUAUCGUCUCAAGGUGAUACUCAUGAUGAGAUUGAUUAUGAAUUUCUUGGGAACGUGACGGGUGAACCUUACACUGUGCACACCAAUGUGUAUGCUGAAGGGAAAGGAGAAAGAGAGCAGCAAUUUCACCUUUGGUUUGAUCCAACUAAAGAUUUUCAUACUUACUCCAUCCUUUGGAAUCCCCAAACUAUCAUAUUUGCCAUAGAUGAGAUUCCCAUAAGAGAAUUCAAGAAUAGAGAACAAAUGGGCAUCCCAUUCCCUAAGGCUCAUGCAAUGAGACUCUAUUCAAGCAUAUGGAAUGCUGAUCAAUGGGCAACUCAAGGAGGCCGGAUCAAAACCGAUUGGAGUCAAGCUCCGUUUAGUUCAACUUACAAGAAUUUCAAGGCCGAAGCUUGUGUUAGGUUCGGUGGAACAACAUCAUGUCACCCUCAAACCGUUAACUGGAUGACUCGGAAGCUAGAUGGUUCGAGCAUAGAUAGGCUUAAUUGGGUGAGGAAGAACUUCAUGAUUUAUAACUAUUGCAUUGAUAACAAGAGGUUCCCUCAAGGCCUUCCUAAGGAAUGUAACGCCAUCGACUAAGUAAAUAGAAUCAAUACCAUAUAGUAAUAAUAUAUCGGUUUAGUAUAUCCUAUGUUAAUUUCAUUUUCUUGUGUUUCUCUUUAAUUUUAAGCUAAGGUUAAAAUAAAUACUACGUAUGUUGUUUAGUAUAUAUGGUAGAUUUGGUUCAUCGUUGUUGUAAAGGGUUAACAUGUACAGUAAUAAGUUUAACCCUUUUGCAAUUUUAGUUUGUAUUUAGUGAUGAUCAAUGAAGACAUAAUUGGGUAUCUAAUUAAGCUACCAUCU